AUGACGACCGUCCUGUGCUUGACGGCGUGCGUACUGCGGUUGGUUUUUGCGGCCGGCGCGAGUUCCUCGGGGAUGACGGAAGAAGGCCAGCCGUUGCCCGCUGAACACGACGUGUUCGCCGUGUGCCAGUUCACGGUCAAGGAGUCGUGUUCGUCGGACAUGGCCGUGUUGAGUGCGUUGAAAGACGUGCCGGACGGGUUUAUGGCGCGGGCCAAUGCCGCACUCAACACCACUUGGUCGAUAACAGACCGCACGGACAUCAGGCCCACGAGUAGGGCCGUGUUGGUUGUGGCCGAAGGCGUAGACCAAGUGAUCUGGCUAUUGGAAAACGCGCCGAACGUGUGGGAUCCGCUGGCGUACUACGUGUGGUUGAUGCCGGCGGCCGAUGCGACGGAGGCUAGACGGUUGUUCCGGUUGGCGUGGGUUCAACAGUCGGUGAUCAACGCCGUGCUGUUGGCACGACGCGCCGUGUAUACUUAUAACCCGUUCGCGAAAACGCUCAGCCAGUAUGGCACGGUCGACCUUGACGUGCUGCAGAAGGACGCCCGCGGUAAAACCACCGACCUGCACGGCUAUCCGGUAAGGGUGUGCAUGUUCCCUACCAGGCUAAAGGCGGUCAAACAACCGGACGGAACGUACAAAGGCACGGACGGAUUGAUUCUGUCAGCGCUCGCUCAGCACAUGAACUUCACUCCGGUCAUAUCUGAGCCCGGCGACGGCAAAAAGUACGGUUGGAUGGAGGCCAACAACACGUUCACCGGCGCGUUGGCCGACAUAGUGUACAACAACGCAGACGUGGCCUUCAACGGAGUGUUCCUAAGGGAUUACGGAGCCAACGGUAUAAUCGAGCAUUCUACGGCCGUGCAGUUCGACGAGUUAUGUUUUGUAGUUCCCAAGGCGCGUCAGAUGAGUCAGUGGAGGGCAGUUUUCACGGCUUUCGACGCCCAGCUCUGGUGCUUGGUGGCCGGCACUUACGGAUUGGCGUUGGCCGCCUGGACUCUCAUCAAAAGGACCACCCGUACGCCUUACUCGGCGGUCGAGUUGGCCGUCAAUCUGUUCCAGGUGUUCCUGAUGGUGCCUUUGCACAAAGUACCCAACAACAUUCCCGAGCGCUUGAUGAUCGUGUCGGCCGUGUUGUUCGGGUUCAUAACGUCGUCGAGCCUGCAAGCGGUCAUGGUGAAAUACCUUAGCUAUCCAAAGUACGAGAGAGACGUGACUACCAUGCAGGAACUGUACGACACCGGACUUCCGGUCCUAUCGGCGUCCACCAAUUUGAUGGAGCUCUUCCAGACGGACGACAACCCGUUGCACGCCAAGAUGUCCGAACGGUUCAUCAUCGUUGUGAACAAAUCGUUGGACAUACUGGGAGAGGUUGUGAGCAAAAAGUCAUCGGCGGCGAUAGGUCGCAAGAACGAUCUGGUCGAGAAAAUAGCCGGAUACGUCAAGAACAACGAAGCUCUGCUGUAUAUCGUCGACGAAUGUCCCAGGUCGUUCCACAUAGCGUACUUGAUCCGUCGCCAAGCCGCUUAUCGUCCAGCCAUCGACAGGAUGAUAACGAAAUUCGUCGAAAGCGGCAUCGUCAACAGUUGGUUCAUGCACGCCAAAGCGUUUCAGCCCAUUUUGGAGUACCACCAACGGAUGGACACCCAAAAAGUGUUCACCAUGGAUAACGUCAUAAUUGCAUUUCACUGUCUGUUGGUCGGUUUGACGGCAAGUGCCAUAGCGUUUGUCGUAGAACGGGUGUACUUUUACAGGGUAAACGGUUCGGCGAGUGCAGUAGUUAAGUCCAUCACGACCACCGCCGGUCGAUACCCAAGACGGUCGUUAAGGUCAAAAAAGUUUUGAGUACAGAGUUUAUAUGUCAUAGACUGUUUGUCAGUAUCCUCAUCACCGGAAACACCUAUAAGAUUAGGUUAGGCACAGGUUAGGUAAUUUUUCCAAUAAUGGAACUCUAUGGAGUGUAAUCGGUUCGACUAGGAUUCGUCUUUAGGUAUUUCGUUUAAUAGAAGCCCUCGCGUUGUCCCAAUAAUUAAACCACGAGAUGCUUGUACAAAAAUACAAAAUUUACCUAAUGCACUUCAUUAAAGGGGCACUGGAUCAGGCAACUUGUAGGAGGAUCUUUGGGCCUAUUUAGGUUGUCCUUCGAGACAAGACCGAUUUGUUAUUCUUCCAAAAAGACUUCUUAGGGAUAUAAACUCGGAAAAAAUAUAG